UCGUGCGUUCAGUGCGGCUUUGAUUGUGGUACGUGCGCUCGGUUCCAACAUACUGCGGCUCAGUCAACAGCAACACAUACACACACCAUCCACAAAAUAUUAAUUGGUAUCAGCGGUGAUCUUGUGCAGUGUGCGAUCAUUUUUUUUCCCCAAAACCGAACGAUCCCCGGCCAGGCAGUGCUACAAAUUCAAAUCGGCCGCCCUCCGAAACACGAGCCACACCGACUUUGCCUACUUAGUUGGGACCCCCCAUUCCACAAGUAGUUUUUAGCAAGUUUUUUUAUAGUGAUUAUGGGCACGGAAUACAAGGAUGUUGACGUGAACAUGGAAGACUCCGGUAACAGUUGUGGGAGCAGUGUUGUUUCGGAUUACAGUGGCCCUUCCGAUCACACCGAUUUCGACGGCGAAGGUGUGCAGAUCUCCGAUCUGGAAGGCGAGAACGACUCGCACAGCCUACAGUGCGGGAUUUCUGAGGAUUCCGGAGACGAAGAACUGACCUUAGAAAGUCUGAGACUGGACGAGUAUGAUUCGAACGGUCCGGACUCGAAGAGCAUCGAGUCGCAGCAGCGACUUGCAGUGCUCAGUUUCGAACAAGUUUGCCGGCUGAACGACGUCAUGGACGAGAUCGUUUCGAUCCAGGGCCGCGGCAACUUUCCCACGCUGGAAGUGCGUCUCAGAGACCUAGUGAACAUUGUUCGGGAGAAGUUGGAGGCAGACACAUCAUCCGGCGGAGCUGGUAUGCGUGUCCGCGACAUCAGGCUAAACGGCGGUGCCGCAUCGCACGUGUUGGCCACCGAGACGCAGCCCUACAAUGAUUUGGAUCUCAUAUUCGGCGUGGAGUUGUCCUCGUCGGUUCGCAACUUCGAUCGCGUCAAGUCAGCAGUACUCAGUUCUCUCUACGAGAUGUUGCCGGACGGCGUGAGCAGGAAGCGCAUCUCCACCUGCAGCCUCAAAGAGGCCUACGUCAGCAAAAUGGUCAAAGUGAACAACAACACAGAAGGUGGCGACAGAUGGUCCUUGAUCUCCCUAGGGAACUCGCGGGGACGCGGCGUCGAGCUCAAGUUCGUGGACUGUAUGCGCAGACAAUUCGAGUUCUCCGUCGAUUCCUUCCAAAUCAUCCUUGACUCGCUGUUGCUCUACUACAAAUGCAGCGAGCUGGAAAUCAGUGAGAACUUUUACCCGACAGUGGUCGGCGAAUCCGUCUACGGCGACUUCCAGGAGGCCCUCUAUCAUCUACAGAAGAAGCUGAUCUCAACGCGGUACCCCGAAGAAAUUCGCGGCGGCGGCCUGCUCAAGUACUGCAACCUACUAGUCAAGAACUACAAACCGGCUCAUCCUGAAUACAUCAAACUUCUUCAAAAAUACAUGUGCUCGCGGUUCUUCAUAGACUUCCCGGACAUCCAGCAGCAAAAAGCCAAAUUGGAGAACUACCUAUGGAACCACUUCGUGGGCCCGGACGAGGAGACCCUCAAACACCAGUACCUGAUGCUGUUGCACGACGUCGUCGAGGAAUCGACGGUGUGCCUGAUGGGCCACGAGAGACGCCAGACCCUCCAGCUGAUCAAGAGCCUGGCGUGGCAGGUGCUGUACCAGGACCAACAGCGAAUGAUGACCCAACAGCCGCCGCCCACCCUGGUCUACGCCAACGGCAUCUACUACACACCGAUCACCAUACCGACUGCGGCGCCGACAGGAUGCUAUUGCCAGUGCAACAGCGCAGCCUGGAUGUCGACGUGUAGUUCGUGAUGUGCGUGAGUCUGUGCGAGAACGGUCUGUAGGCGUCGCGCCCGGCGCAGUCCCCGAUCUAUGCCACCGUAGACGGGCCGGCUGCCCCAAACAAAAAAAAAUUUAAUAACAAACAAAAAAAAUAAUAAUACACGAAUUUAAGCAACGGACUUGAUACACUCCUCGUGCAGACAACUGACUGAGGUGCCUCGGCCCCGGGGACCUGUUGAAUCUGACAAGCUUCACGCGUCACUGCUGAAAAAACAGAAACCAUUCCUGAAAUUCGGAAACAAAUUGUUUGUUUCGCUCAUUUGUUUUUUUUUUGUACACUUGUAUAUGAGGCUGAAAGUAUCUUAAAAUAUGACGCAUCAUCGGUGUGUGGCUGUGAACACAUUAUAUAUUGGGUUGUGUACAUGAGAGUUUUAAGCGAUUGGAGCACUCAAUUUUGCCGGGGGCAGCCUGAAGGGUCAACUUGCUACCAAAAUUUUUCUCGCAAUUUUUAUCAAGGGAUAAAUCAUCGCUAUUAAAUUAUUUUUUACUGUUUAUAUUAAAACAGUGCAUAUAGUUAUAAUUUUACCUACUUUUCAUAUUAUUGUUAUAAAUUAUUAUAUUUUGUUAAUUAUGAAAGCCAGCUAGGUUCUUGUAUACAUCUGGUAUGUUACAUAAAAUUACCUUAUAAAUAUGUUUGCGUAAUACAAUAAGUGCAGUAGUUCAAAACGUCGUGAAUCUCCUAUCCACUGUAAAAAAUAUUGAACGAUCCGAAUCUCGAACCGCAGAGCACGAUCAAAAAGCUCUUUCAAAAACUCAGAACAACUAUUACAGACGUUGGAAAUUCUAGCGGUGCAAUUUAUAAUCCCUUCAUAAAAAAUGCAGACAGAAAUCCAUUCGCUGGUCGACAUAGGAGAAUAACGGACAAUAUGACAUCUAUUGCGAUUUCCAUAAAUCUUGCAAACAAUGCGUGUAAAUAAUGUUAAGAAAAGGUCAGGGACGCGAAUGUAUAUAAAUGUUUAAACGGCCAUUACGUAAAUACCAUAUUAAAUCCAAAGGAAACGGCUUAAUUUGUGUGAUAUAUCCAGGGAACAAAUAAUCCAUUACUUAAGUACUUACAAUUGUUACAGUAGGUUGUUCCAUAAGUAAUGUAACAGUUACUUUGUUCGGACGAAAUUUGGUUUUACAAAUUAUUAAUUAGUUGUUGUAUUCCUCCGUGAGCAGCACACGAAUGACUUCAUGCUCUUGAUCUCUUUGGCCCACGAUGUGUGGCGUAUACAGCAAUUUACCCAGUUAAAUAUUCGAUUAUUUAUGGAACAACAAAAAAGAAAACACUAGGCAAUGUUUGCAAGACGAUUUGACUAAGUUGGACACACUGAGUUGUUUCCCAUUCGCUCCAUCCGCGUAUUCUAUGAAUUACUUAUACCUGCAUCUAAUCAGGAGUAUUAGCGUAAAUUGUAUGUUUAAAUUUAUGAGAAAAGGUUGUGUUGUGGCCAAAUGUUACAGAAAAUUUUUAUGGUCCAGUGUAAAUCUAUAUAUCAUAUGCUGAAAUGUAUGAGAUUAUCAAAACAUAUUUAUUAUAGAGGUAAGCUAGUAUUAAUUUUACUAUUAAACGAAGUUUGGCAAUGCUGGAAAAUCAUAAUAAAAAGUACAAAAUCUUAAAAACUUAUUACCACGUAAAUUGACAUAUAUUUUAUUUUUAACGUGUCGCUAUAUAUGUUUUUAGACACUGAAUUGUUAUAAAUGAAUUGUAAACUAGUUAAUAUUUAUAUAUAUUUUAUUGAGUUUUAUUGAAUUAUUGUUAAGAUGUGAAAGAAAUUUAAGUAUGACAAAAAACAUCUCCGCAAUCAUUGGGGGAUGAUACAAAAAUGAAUAUUUUAUUCAUUGCAUUAGUGUCAUUUACUGUACGUACUUGUUGAAUCAAAUAAUUUAGAAAUUACAUAAAUUUCCAUUAAAAACUGAACCAACUGAACAUAUCAAUUUGAUUGUGAAAGUUGAUCAUAAAAUUGCGUUGCAUUUGAUUUAAGAAUAAAUUAUUUUCUUUAACAAGGAUGUAUUGUGUUAUUAUUUCGUUUUUCAGAGUAUCAAUUUUUUAUUUGCAAUUUUUGAUUUUAUAGAGUAAAUUUAUUUUCUUUUUUUCCUUUUCGUUUGAUUUUAACAUUUCUAUUUAAAUGUAUAAUGGACCCCCUGAAAUAAUUUACAUGUGGGUAUCGUACUUUUAUAUUAAUUGGGACCUUCAGGCUGCAUAACAUAUAUUUAUUUUGUCGAAAUCUAGGACUCAUUUCAAAAGUUACCCGAUCGCGAUAAGUAUUAGUGUAUCAUACUGUAAAUUGUUAGAAAUUGUAUAACUUCCAUAAUAAAUAUUUUCAGAGUAUAUGUAUAUAAUAAACCGUCUUAUUAAUUAAGUUAAUGUAGGUCUAAAACCGGAAUUUGUAUAUUUUUUAGAUAUUUUAGAUAAAUAAAAAUGAGAAAAAAACGAGUUGAACUGAGUGCACACAGAAGUUAUUUGGUAUAUUGAGUAACGGCCUAAAACAUGUGGCGAAUUAACAUUACCUCAGUUGAACUCUGGCAAAUCAAUUUAUAGACUGUUUGAUGACCUCUUUAAAUAAAUAUAUUAUAUGCCUAUAAGUACUUAUGUAGCGUGGGUGACUGACAAGAGAGACAUUUAAGGAUGCCAGGUCUCUAGGAUCCUGCUCUAUAAAUUAUAUAAUUAGAUAAUAAAAUACAGAAUGUCUAUUUUGAAUCAAAUAUAUGUAUGUUAUAAUGGGCUUGAUCUGUAUAUUUUUAUUGUUCCAUAGGCCCAAUUAAACUAUAAGACAAAAAUGUAAAAAAACCCAAUAAAAACGAAUAAAAUGUGGAAACAUUUCAAAAUCA